AUGGGAGUUCCUCUUCCGAGUUCAUUUUUCCGCUGCGAUGGACCUGAAUCACACGUAACGGCCGAGGCUUCAGCCGAGAGCCGAGCGGCGGAUCAUGGCAGUUCGUUGACACGGGGAGAAACCCUGGAAGACGUCCAGGGCGUCAAAUCGAAGGACGGGACGCAAUUCCGCCGCUUUUUUGAAAACCCAACAGAGUUUCGGGGCGACUCAUCAGCGGAGAUGCGCCUACCCUACGCCGGAGACGAUAUGGAAGCGCGCGAACAGGAGCGCGAAAGCAUCCCGCGAUGCGAGGCAAUGACCAGGGCGGACUGCGUGCUGCAUAUAGAGUCUCUGUCGCGCGGAGAAGCGCAAGCCCAGCGCAUAAGGGAGGGCAGCGAGGGCACACGCGGCAUCGGCGACGGGCACGACGGGAAAAUUAGCAGUCUUUCCUGUUUCUCGGAGCCUCCGCUCACCGUCUCGCCCGCCCCCGCUGCUGGCAGCGGGGAAUCGCGGUCCCUCGCAUUCGUCGGCGCGCUCAAGGCUCAUGGGACGGCUGUUUUUUUCACUUUCACGCGCUGGCAUCUCCUCGUUUUGCUGUGCUUGUACUCUGUCUUGGUCGGCCCGGUUUACUUAAACUGGGCACCGUUUCGGCAGAUGCUCUUUGACCACGGGGUGUAUCGGUGGCUGUGCAAUCCGGCCGAGAGCGACGCUUCGCAGAUCUCGUACAUCGAUCCGCAAAGCUACACGUGUGCACAGCAGCGCCUGCAUGUCGGGCAUCUCUUCACGCUCUGCACGGUGGCGGACUACGGCAUGUCGUUUUUCGGAGGCUUCGUGAUGGAUUUCGCAGGCCCCAAGGUGGCGUCCCUGAGCGGCACGCUGAUGAUGGUUCUUGGCUGGCUCCUGCUUGCGUUCUCAAGCGAAGCCUUCCAGGCUUUCGAGGUUGGAGUCGUAUUCUUUGGCCUUGGCAUCGACAUGGCGUUCUAUGGAACGCUCCCCAUCGGCUCGCUGUUUCCAGGCCACGGAAACACCGUUCGGGCCCUCCUCGUCGCGAUGCGCUCCGUCAGCUACGUCACGCCAGUCAUCCUCCAGAAAGCGGCCGCAGCAUGGAGCAUCUCCUAUAAAAGCAUCAUGAUAGGCUAUGCGGCCGCUGCCUUUGCUCCGGCACUCCUCAUUGCCUGCCUCUUCAGUCCGUGGGCGCCCUGGGACGCAAAAGGGACGCCUGCAGACGAGGCUCAGGACGAGCGCGGAGCAUCGCAACGGCGAAACCAACACAUGCAGGAAGGGACGAAAAAUACGGCGACGCCAGCAUUUGCACUGAGUCGUGGGAAGAACGAGACGGCCGGAAAGCGAUCUCGGUUCUCGCCCCUUUUCUCCCUCUUUUUGAGCGCGAAGAGCGAUCGGCAAAACGGAGAACGAGAUAUGCCGGAUGCUGGUGUAUCCGCGUUAACGUCUUCACCACCGUCGAUGAAGACAAAGAUUUUGGACCUUCUGAAGAUGACUCGAGUCAGGGAUGGAAAAGUGCUCGCCCACGGGGGAAACGACGACAUUUCCGGCAUUACACCUACAACCGGAGACCACACAGCAACGGCCCUGAAACACCCAUCAGCGGACACUAAAGACGGGUUCUCCGGGCCGGCAGCGGUUCCCACUGACACAGGCUCUCUCGCUGUCAUAAGCCUCUCGUCGUCCUCCCCCAAGCAUUAUUCCGAAGACGCAGAAAAACCCACACCUUAUUUCCAUCCUGAGCAUUCGCUUACCUCGUCUCUCCAGCCCUACAACGCGUCCAUUCUGGAGGAAGACCCGCUCGUAUCUUCUGUCUGCCCUUGUGCUGAAACAGCGAGUCCGCAGAGCCUCUUCCCGCACGACGAGCUCUCUGUAUGUACACCACAAGCGGGUGAUUGCACGUCGCCUCUGCCACAUCCUCCGUCUUCUGCCUUGACCAAGGCAUGGGGGGCAGACGAAAGAGACGGCAGCAGACGUGGAAAAACCCGGAUCGACGCUGGUAGAGAAGGGGGCGAGGAGCAAGGAGUAGCUCCUGCCUUUUCCGGGCACAGCGAAUCCAUGAAACCGAAAAUUCUCGGUACAGAGACCUGGCGAAAUAAGCUGCGUGCGGCGUCCCGCGGGGCGCUUUCGUUUACAAAGGACUACCUUUGCUCGGGUUUAUAUUUCCCAAUUAUCCCGUACUUCACUAUUACGCUCGUUCGUGCGGUGUACUUCAAUACAGCUUCCCACGACCUGGUUCCGCACGCCUUGAGCUUUCUGCACAUCAUUGUCGGCUUCGUGUGUUUCUUCCCGCCCGUGGCAGGCUUUAUCGCGGAUCGAUACGGCAUUCUGUUGUGUAUGGCGCUAAUCAACGCAUGCGGGACGCUCGUGAUUUUGCUGUCGCUCGUCACGUUGUUGCUUCCGGGCAUGUUUGUCUGGCUCGAGUACGUGAUUUCCGUCUUCUUUAUGCUCAACAUGUCGCUCAUGACGAACCAGAUCUACUUCUACGUCGGCGCCAUCUUCCCGCAAAGACACCUAGGGAAGCUCAUCGGGUUCACGUGUACUGUGGGCGGCCUGCUGUCGCUCCUGGCUUCCCCUAUGUUUGAUUUCUCGGUCAAAUCGGGGACUCACGGAUUUAUGGGCGUGCUCACGCUCCUCGCCGUCCUCUCCGGGGUCACGUUUCUGCUCCUUCUUGCGCUGCACGUCUUCAAAAAACGACGGGAUCGAAAAUCGCGCAGCAGCGACAAAGCGAAUCCGUGCACGGCUGUCCUCGCCUUGUGA